GGAGUUACGGUAAUGAGCGUCAUGCUACCGGAAAGGCCAUUGUGUUGUCUCUUUUGUGAGCUAACGCACCGACUGUGUUGCGCUUUUUUCCCAACAUAUUUCUCGGCGGCAGCAGGGUGAAACAUGUCCACAGACAUGCCGCCGGGCAGCCUGAACCUGGAGUCCCAGCUUUUGUCCAUCAUGGACGUGCUGGUGAAAGCGGCGGUGACCGAAAUCAGUCAGCUGUUCUCGGAGAGCUCGGCGUCUCUCCGUCUGCAUUUAACACAGAGCCUGAAGGAAAACGAAGCCCUGAGGAUGAGGAUGAAGGUGAUGAGGAGUGAGGUCUUCUCCCUCAGACUGCAGACCAGGACGAACCGACCGGUCAGCCGCUUUUCCCCGAUCAGAGGAAACAUCCCCAAACCACGAGCUAAAUCACAAGUUGUCAUAAAGCCACCAGUGGCCCAAAAGACUGUCAGGGAAGCUGCUUCUGUUUCUCUACAAUCAGACAACACGACCUCCUCUGCCACUCAAGUGAAGUGUGCAGAUGUGGAGAGUCCAGAUGUCAUCCUGAUCAAAGAUGAAGACGACGUUGGGGGAUGUGGGCCAGCCGAUGGUCAGGAUGAUUAUGGAAACCAUAAUAUGCAGGGUGGUGUUGACACAGGGACUCUAGAGUCCUCCUGCCUGACAGGUAAUCACGAGGAGCUGAGAAUCGUGAGCGUUCAUGGACGAGGGGAAGGACCUCUGCAGGAGGCGAGCGACACCCUCUUCACCGCCUCUGAACUCCAGGCUUUUAGCUCUCUGUCCCCAGAGCACAACGUCACCCACGACAGUCUCCUGAACUUCACCACCGGUGCCACUGACAGGGCCCCGAUGAGAGUGAUGCAGGAUAACAGUGUUGGACUGGCUUCAACAGCGCUGAAAAUACCAGUAGCAGUAGCUGAUGAUCAUGUGGGGCACCCCAGUCAUGUCGGCCAGUUCCCCCAGCAGCAGAACGUCUUCCCCCACACCGUCAACAAAUCCCUGGACUGCAGCUUCUGUGGCGAGCGCUUCCUCAGCCGCGAAGACCUAAUUGUACACCGGGCGACUCACACCGGGGAGUCGCCCAUUCCUUGUUCCUAUUGCGGCAAGUCAUUUGUCAACAAGACCACGCUGACCAUCCACAUGCGCAUUCACACCGGGGAGAAGCCGUACGCUUGUAUGCAGUGCGGGAAACGCUUCACGCAAAACGGCAGCCUGAAGAUCCACCUGAGGACUCACUCCGGAGAGAAGCCGUACACCUGCAACCAGUGCACCGCCAGCUUCAACAACCCCAGCAACCUGCGCAGGCACAUGAUCACACACACCAACGGAGUGCUCUGACCAGGAAAGAUACAAACGUUUUUACAGCAUGUUACUUUAACUGACAUUUGUGCCACCAUGUGUUUUUUUGGGGGGGAGUGUGUUUCCCGUGGCAGUAUCUCAUGCUCUUGUCCUUUUUUUGUGUUUCUACUUUUGCCACCGCACAAGGAGCUUUUCAUGGGUCAAAGUACGCCGACGUAUAUAAUCGAUGGACUGUUGUGGUUCAAAAUAAGGAAGCAUGAUCUCUAUUCAAUGUGACGUGCGUUUUUUUUUUUACUCAAAACCAGCAAUAGGACAAAAACUUUAAAAACUAAAAUGCCUUUUUAUUUUCUUCCCUGGCUCGAGGGACUGCUAGUGUGAAUAUUUUAUAUUCUGGCUGAAAAGCAGACAAACUUGGAUGCCUCUCGUUAUGCCUCAGUCAAAUAUAAUAUACAGUACCUUCAUUGAGAUUUGGUAAAUGCUCCUGACACAACAAACUCUGCCUAUUAUACAGCUGUAGCUGAAUGCUAGAUAAAUAAGUUGUCAUCUUGACUUAUGGGAAUCUUUUUCAAUUGUUAUUGGAGGAAACCUUGUGCAGGGCGGGGAGGGGACGUGGAUGGAAGUGUACAACAGAUACACAGAAACAUGGACAGUGACAUUAAAGUAAACAUGGUACAGUUAGGGAUGGCAAUAAAUAAAUGUAUUGUGUCACAAUAUUGAUAUGUAUUGUGUUAUAGUAAAUACUCAACAAAGAGAUUUUCUAUAAUGUGUGAGAAACCGUUUAUAUGAAUGUCUGUUUGGGUAAUCCAAUUAAUUAACUGCCUGACAACUUAAAGGUCCCGUGUGUAGGGUUUAGUGGUAUUUAGUGGUGUAGUUGCACAUUGAAAAACUACGGUGGCCGAGAUCUAGAGCCAGUGUUUGGUUUAUUUGUUCUGAACUACUUUAGAAACAUUUGAGCAGUUCGGCACGUCGGCCUCUGAAACGGCUCACUAUUUUUAUAUUCAGGUGAUUAUACACUAAUGAAAACAUAGUUAUACACAGUAUUAUAUUCCAUUUCUACCAAUAGAUCCUCCUAAAUGUUACACACUGGACCUUUAAGGGUAUUCAAAUUAAAGUAUCACAUUGAUGCAACUGUCCUGUCAGUCCGAUGUUUCCACAAAAGCAGUCAUUGAUUUGUCCACAUUGACCUAAUACAAAUAUUAAAGGGAUAGCCCGGUGUAAAUCCAGUGAUGAUGUGAUGGGUCGUGGUGUAUAUUGCCAUAGUGCCCGGCUCUACUGUAGGUACAAUACACACAGUUACAAGUGUGCUAAUGUAAAGUGGUUUAAAAGUUUAAAAGUAGCAGUUUCUCCCAGAUGUACUGACUGAACUUUAGACUUGGAUUUAUUAAUCUGAACAUUACAAUUUACUGAGAAUUAAUAAAGUUUGGUUUACUUUAUAUUGAGCUGCAUACCUUGGCAUACGGAGAGCGCAUUUUAAUUUAAUUUGUGUAUGUGUGUGUUUCAUUUAGAAAGCAAACUACCUCCAAUGUUAUCUAUGUUGCAGCUUCCUCAUUUUGUACUUCCCUGAUAGUUUCAGACUAGGCAAUAAUACAUCUAAUGUGGAUUCUGUCUGUGUUUUGUAAUCUGGAUAUGAAAUUUGUGAAUAAAUGUGUGUUUUUUUAACAGCUUUCAA